UUCGCUUCUGUCCGUCCCCUCCCUCCUUAAACCCUAGAAACCCCGUAAACCCUCCCUCUCUCUCUCUCUCUCUCUUCUGCAACUACUGAGAAAUGGCGUUCUCUUCCAUUCUCCGCCGAUCGGCCACCGCCUUCGCGCCCCUCGCGGCCCGCGCUCUCCGGAGCCAGCGGAGCUGCCGCUCCGCCGUCUUCGCCGCUCUUCACCAGGCGGGGAUCGCUCCCGCCGCCGCCGCCGGCGAGCCUCGCCUCGGCCCGCUCCCGCCUCCCCGCGGUUACUCCACGAAGCGGCCGAGCUCCGACGAGACGCUCCUCCGGGUCCUCGACUCGGAGAUCCAGUGCGCCGAGGAAACCGACGAACACGACCGGGUUGAAGAGGCACCAGGUGGAUUCCCCUUUGAAAUUGAAGACAAGCCUGGAUUUCAAACCAUUACUCUGUCAAGGAAGUAUCAGGGUGAAGAGAUAAAAGUUGAGGUCAGCAUGCCUGAUCUUGUGACUGGAGAAGAUGGCGGUGAGGACAACCAGAAUGAUGACGAUGAGAAGGCUAAUCAGUCGAGCAUUCCUCUGGUCGUAAGCGUUGCCAAGGGUAAUGGGCAAUUUAUUGAAUUCUGCUGCACUGCUUACCCCGAUGAAAUCGCAAUCGACAGCUUGGCCGUUAAGAAUCCAGAAAACUCUGAGGACCAAAUUGCUUAUGAAGGACCUGAUUUUCAGGAUUUGGAUGAGAACCUGCAGAAAGCAUUCCACAAGUAUCUAGAGAUCAGAGGAAUCAAGCCCAGCACGACCAAUUUCUUGCAUGAAUACAUGAUCAACAAAGACAGCAGAGAGUACUUGAUGUGGUUGAAGAACCUCAAGAAGUUUGUCGAGGCAUAGUUCUAUUGGAGGAGGCGUCGUCACUUGGUAGGGUUUUUCAGUCUUCAGUUUUGAUUCAAGAUCCUCCGUUGCAGCAGCCUAUUCCGUCUGGAUGUAGACUACCAAGCGUUGUCCACUGCUUGAAGCGAACAUCUUUAAUCGAGAGAGCUGAAAUUAUUGAUAAAAUGACAACUCUAAUUUUUUAUUGCUCUUGUUCCUUUAAAUGCCGCGGGUCUACAUGUAGACAUUUUGUUGUUGACUAUGACUAGCUGCCUAUUACAGUAAUAGAAGUGCCCGGGUCCGAUUCUGGCAAUUGCAGAAA